AUGAACUCAGAAAUGGCAGACCUUGGAGCAAGCUACUGGACGGCAGAGGAUGCUGGUGUGGAUGAAAGCAUGGCUAAAGGGGAUCAGGGGAGUGGCCGGGCAGGCGCCAAAGAGAGGCCAGAAUACUGGUCCAAGUUUGGCAUCGUGGGCGCGCCUCAGGCCAUUCUUUACUACUCCUCUUUCGUUGUCUUCUCGCUGUUCAUGUUUAGGAACAGCAGCUCAGGGACGACGGUCAUGCCCAAGUCUGGGUGA